UCGGUCAGUGCGGCUCUGGCCACCGAGAGGUGAUUUUUAUAGGAGAUAGUGGUAGUGUCUGGAAAGGAAGUGACAGGCGGCCGCCCCGGCUUGCGUGACAGGUACCAGGUUACUGAGUGUCAGGAAAGUUCAAUUAGACUCUGAGUGACCGAGGGGAAAUAGGACUGGGUGACUUGGGUCCGUUCACGUACCUUGUGGACUCUAUUCGCUGUGUCUGUGGAUCACGCUGUGUACUGCAGUGGUUUAAGCCCCGAGAAUGCCGCUCGCGCAAUUAGUGGAUCUGUGGCCCGAUGUAGAACUCGUGCCCGAAGAGACAGAGAAUGGACAUGCAGGCCCAGAGGAUGGAGGAAAAUCUAUAUCUAAGGAUGAGAUGAUGGUAAAGGAGAUCUCUAUCACACAUCUUGUAAAAGAAGGCUCUGAGAAGGCUGACCCUUCACACUUUGUCCUGCUAAAAGUGUUAGGUCAGGGAUCCUUUGGGAAGGUUUUCCUGGUCCGCAAGAUCACCCCUCCUGACGAUAACCAACUAUACGCAAUGAAAGUACUUAAAAAGGCUACGCUGAAAGUACGUGACAGAGUGAGGACCAAGAUGGAGCGUGAUAUACUAGCUGAUGUGAAUCACCCUUUUGUGGUGAAACUACAUUAUGCUUUUCAGACAGAGGGGAAACUUUACCUGAUCCUCGACUUUUUGCGCGGAGGAGACCUUUUUACCCGUCUUUCCAAAGAGGUGAUGUUUACAGAGGAGGAUGUUAAGUUCUACUUGGCUGAGUUAGCUCUUGGUCUUGAUCAUCUGCACAGCCUGGGAAUCAUCUACCGUGAUCUGAAACCAGAGAACAUUUUACUGGAUGAAGAGGGUCAUAUAAAAUUGACUGAUUUUGGGCUUAGUAAGGAGGCGAUUGACCAUGAGAAAAAGGCCUAUUCGUUCUGUGGGACAGUGGAAUACAUGGCUCCAGAGGUUGUGAACCGGCAAGGCCACACACACAGUGCAGAUUGGUGGUCUUAUGGUGUGCUCAUGUUUGAGAUGCUUACUGGCUCCCUGCCAUUCCAAGGAAAAGACCGCAAGGAAACCAUGACUCUAAUAUUGAAAGCCAAACUUGGAAUGCCUCAGUUUCUCAGCAGUGAGGCGCAGGGUUUGUUACGCGCCCUCUUUAAGCGGAAUCCUAGUAACCGCUUAGCGUCAGGAGUAGAAGGUGCAGAGGAAAUUAAACGUCACCCCUUUUUCUCCACGAUUGAUUGGAAUAAACUCUACCGCAGAGAGAUUAACCCACCUUUCAAGCCGGCCGUGGCACAGCCAGAUGACACUUAUUACUUUGACACGGAGUUCACAUCACGGACACCAAAAGAUUCUCCUGGGAUACCGCCCAGUGCAGGAGCUCACCAGCUGUUCCGUGGAUUCAGUUUUGUGGCCCCUGCGCUAACACAGGAAGAUAGACGACUUGCGCAAACUCCUGCAACACUGUCUGUACCAAAGGUCUGCUCUAAGAGUGUUUCAUUUAACGACGUGUACACAGUGCUAGAGACAAUUGGUGUGGGUUCUUACUCUGUCUGCAAACGCUGUGUUCACAAAGGGACCAACAUGGAGUAUGCUGUAAAGGUCAUAGACAAGACCAAAAGAGAUCCAUCGGAGGAGAUUGAAAUCUUGAGGAGAUAUGGACAGCAUCCUAACAUUAUCACACUGAAAGACGUGUAUGAAGAAGGGGGCAGUGUCCACCUAGUGACAGAGCUCAUGAGAGGGGGCGAGCUGCUGGACAGGAUCCUGCGGCAGAAGUUCUUCUCUGAGAGGGAGGCCAGUGCUGUGCUUUUUACCAUCUGCAAGACUGUAGAAUAUUUGCACUCCCAAGGGGUAGUUCACAGAGACCUGAAGCCCAGUAACAUCCUCUAUGUUGAUGAGUCUGGUAACCCAGAGUCUAUAAGGAUAUGUGACUUUGGAUUUGCUAAGCAGCUACGAGCCGAGAAUGGAUUACUGAUGACACCGUGUUAUACAGCUAACUUUGUGGCCCCAGAGGUAUUGAAGAGACAAGGAUAUGAUGAGGGCUGUGACAUUUGGAGCCUAGGCAUUCUUCUGUAUACCAUGCUGGCUGGAUAUACUCCCUUUGCUAAUGGUCCUGAAGACACUCCUGAGGAGAUUCUGGCUCGUAUUGGCGGAGGGAAGUUUACUCUGAGAGGGGGUAACUGGAACACGGUUUCUGAUUCUGCAAAGGACUUAGUGUCCCGCAUGCUUCACGUGGAUCCCCAUCGCCGACUAACUGCGCGCCAGGUUCUGCAGCAUGAAUGGAUUAUAAGGAGAGAUUCAUUACCUCAGAGCCAGCUCAACCGGCAGGAUGUACAGCUAGUUAAAGGUGCUAUGGCUGCCACAUACUCUGCCUUAAACAGCUCCAUGCCAACCCCACAGCUGCAGCCCAUCAAAUCCUCUAUCCUUGCACAGCGACGAGUCAAGAAGCUGCCCUCUACCACACUCUAGCUGAGAACUUGGAUUUUGUGGGUAGCUGGGGCAUUCCUACCCUAAACAGUGGCUUGUAACGAGUCCUGGCCUUUACCGGCCUCUCCCCAGCCACUGCAUUGUUUUGCCUUUCCCCAUGGCCACACAAUGCUGUUUCUCCUAACAGUCUGGGUAGAGACUGACACAUGCUUAAUUUGCUGCACUUUAAAGUGUAGUGGCAGAAGCAUACAAGGGGCUGAGGUAGCCCAUCACAGCAAGUUGGGGUUAAAUGAAUUAGGCAACAUCAUUACAUCUACGCAAACUCUCCAUUUUUUCUUCUUCUGGUGGAUGGUUAAUUCUAACAGUGCUUUGGCAAAAGGCCACAGCACGCCUGACCCCCUUUCUGUGGGUCUCAAAGAUCUCCUAUAUUCAGUGCUAUCUCAGGGCUGUCUGUUCUCCUACCCUCUUUGUGACUGGAGAGGACACCUUGCUUGUGACAUGGAGUUCUGGGUUUUAGUAAUUUGUUGUAUAUCUGUCUUGCCUUUGCUUUGUGCUACAUGUACAUAGAUUCAAACACUCCGAUCCCAUUUUUUUUCACCCGUUUACCAGAUGAUCGUUGUAAUACAUAUUUGGUGUCUUUGAACAAGGGCUUUCACCCACACUGUGAUCAACAGGCUGUGAAGUUGUCGAACUCUGCCCCAUACAUGCCAUAUCACCCGUCGGACUCAAGACGGGCACCAAAACUUUUCCCGACUCUAGUCUGGUCCCCAAGGUGCAGCAGGGAAAUUGUUGAAAUCACUGGCUUUCUACAGGACUCCAUCUUUUACUCGAAUAACAAUAAAAGCCAUUGGAAUACUAA